AUGCCAGGAUUAGCUUGGAGCCACGAAAAUUCUGAUUGUUUCGUGCCCCAUUCCAGAGGACGGUUUUCGAAUCCAUUUGAAUCAAUGAGUGCUACUUUAGAUACCACCGAGUCUGGAACGAGGCAUGGGAAUGAUGAUGUGUGGCAAUUAAGGGACAGAUCUGGCGCCUCUGUUCCUGGGACAGUUUCGCGUGACACAAAUUUUCGGUGUGCACGAUCCGAGGGUUUGGAUGAAUGCAAUCCAGCAAGUCGAAAUUGCGAGCCAUCCAGGUUUGUUUACCCAGAUAACCUGGAUGAUCAGUCUCCAUGUGCACCUGGCUUACCACAUUCACUACCCCAAGCCCCUGCGAGUUCAGAAAAUGCGCUGGAGAAUCUCGUAGCCAGAGGUCGCCGGUCGACAGUUGGAUCGCAUUCUUUCAGUACUCUGCGUUGUGAUGUCUUGCUACUGGAUGGCCAGCAUUUGGUCUUUCAUAUUGAUAAAAAUUCUUUGGGCAUCCAUUUGUUCAAUCUUGUCACGACGCAUAUGAUGCUUGGACAAACUGAGUACUUUGGGCUCGUCUACUAUCGCGUUGACGAUAAGCUAUCUGAGAAUUUCUAUGCGCCAGAUCCUUCCAUAUCACGUGAUUCUUUGACACACUACAUAAAAAGCGGUGUUUCAACUAUAGCGUCGGGAAAAUCCAUCAUAGAGCUCUCGCGCUAUCUCACUGUUCGGACGUUUAAUGAUGUGUCAAAGCAGUCGUCUUUCAUCGGGGAUGUUCCGUUUUGGUUGAAGAUGAAUCGUCGAAUUGUGGACCAAUACAAGAGUUCUGGUUCGUUGACCUUUCAUUUCCAAGUCAAGUUCUAUCCUCCCAAUCCGGAGUAUUCAAUCGAUGAUCCGAAAACUCGCUACCAGCUAUGUCUACAACUGAAUUGCUCAUUCUUCACCCACGUUCUACUCGGAGGUCUCAUUUCGCAAAUGGUCCUCGGUGAUGCUCAUCCACGUCAUUCUCUGUGCCUAGAUGAACGGGACUCAGUCAUAUCCACACAAAGCUCUAGGGGUGUCCACAUAAUCAACGGGCAAAGACUAUCUGAGACUCGCAGCCUGUUAUCCGGACGAACCUGCAGUUUGGCCACUCCGGAAUCCACUGACAACGAUGAAGUAGAUUCGGAGAUUUGGAGCCCCCGUCAAGAACCACAAAAAUGUUUCGAUCGGAUGGGAGUAAGGCGCAGUUCCUCUGUUCGUUCAGACCCGAUGCCAACCCGCCAAACAUAUCUGAACAUAUUGCCGCACUUGAAUCGACGCAGCCAGUCGGUGAGUCAACAACGCAUCAAUUUCGCUAACGGGGACAUCAACACCACUACCACAGAUGCAGAAUCCGGUGGCCUGCAUCAAAGUUGGACUAAUUUGAAUUGGCCUUAUCCCGCACCAUCAGCCCUACAUUCUUUGGCUACUCUGAAGCACAUAUCUCAAUUUCAUGGAAAGUUGCACGGUUGGUCCUAUGCCAAAGCCGAGCACCACUUUCUUCAAUGUGUCAAACUACUUUCACUCUACGGCGUUGAACUGCAUGCAAUUAAGGCUUUUGAUACCUACUUUCCAAACACACGUGGACUGCAAUCAUUUCGUCUAAUUUCUCGUGCGAAAAACGUCGCAAGACCGUCUGAGGAUCCACAGAGCCAUAAUAGGCUUUCAUGGAGGCACACCCUUUCUGGUUGUGAUAACCACUCAUCUUCCCCAUCGUUUAAUCGAGACACUCGUCAUGGACUGGCUUCUUCAGCGUUCGCCUACAGCGUCGGUGUUUGCAGCCUUGGCAUUGUAUUAUACUGGGGUCAAGUACGCCUAUCCUUGUUCCGUUGGGCUCAGAUUGCCGAGAUUAGCACACGCCAUGUGUUUUGCCGUGUCGUGGUAAAACAGAACACCGAUCAUUCCGCGAAGAAGGCACGUCUGAUAGUUUACAAAUUCGAAUUCACUUCACCCAAGCUUUCGGUCCGAUUUCAUCGAUCUUGUGUGGACCAACACCGAUUCUUUCGGCUUAACAUACGAACAGCGCAUGCUUCGGACACCUCACCAGCUGCGCUGUCUUCAGAACCCCCAAGUCUUUUCGAACCUUUAUCGUCGGAGGAAAGGCCGUCCUCUGUUGGAGCUGAGUCCACAGCUGUGAUUAGAGAACAUCGCCACUCUUCUUCAGGGCGUUUGCCCUUCAAACGCAGAGGCUCUAGCUGGUUGUUCUGCUGGCGUCCUCGUGACAAGCUUGAAGAGUCGCCUGUUCGACCCGCAUCCGUACAGUCCACUUCCCGUGAUACUGCGGCAACGAUUCCUAGAUGUGUCGCUGUGAACUGCUCUCCCGAUCCUGAUAGCCCAUCGCCAUGGGUACGCGCCUGUUCGACGUCAGUAUCCGGCAAUUCUCCUCAGCCUGACCCAGCUAUUGCUAACCGUUCGAACGGAACCGCCCCACGAGGUCCUGCUGACACGCUAAAACCGCCCUGCUCAUUAGGGCAACAAACAGAGCUGCUUUCACAUUCUAGCCGUCCAAACCAUAUAUAUCCGGACCUUGUCCCCAUCUUAGCUGUCAAUCGUGCUGUCGUCAAUGAACGACGGAAUUCAAGUCGACGGUCUAUCACUCUCACACAGGAAUCAGUCGUCUCCUCACCUGCAGAGCGCUGUGAACCCCGUCGCUGUUCGUCUGCCCUUAGCCGACCACCACCGCGACCAAGGAUACCGCCCGUACGUCGUUCAACUCUCGGACAGGGUGUUAUGGAUAACCAUCGAUCAGAAAAUGCACCACCACCACCACCGUCGGUUCUGGCAGUCACAAAGACCAACUGUAGACUUGGCACACGGCAAGUUCCGCUAGUUCAUACCCACACUUCCGUAUUUACUCCGACUGGCCAGUUGGUUCGUCUUCCGAGCCAGAGUCCAACCACUUCGCACCACUCAAACGAUGCCGCGAGUUCCUCGCCCUGGCAACUUCAAGUCCCUAAGAGCGUCCCAAUAGUCCAGACUCGUUCCAUCCGUUAUCCAACCAAUAUCCGUGUGAAUGAGUAUAAUAUUCUCGACUCCGCUGUGAUUCGUCGCAUUUCAGGGUCCAAUGUACCCCGGAUACCGACUAAAUGUUUGUUUAUGCACUAUCGUCACCAGCAGCCUUUCAAUCAACCUAUUGUAUGACGUCAGAUUACCAGAUCGCUUUUCCACUACUCCCUCGUAUUUUGCCUUUCCGCAAGCGUAAUCGUGCCUUUUCCCUAUCUACCUGGCUCUAUGCGCAUGUAAUCUGUGUUUCCU